GCCCGAGUUCGUCAAUCAUGCAGAUGUGAAAUCCUUCUGACAGGAAGUUGACUAUCACGAAUCUUUUUUUACUACUUUACGACUCGUUUUACUGGAAUUAUCUCGUAAGGAGGAGUGUUUUACAAGAAAGAAAGCUCUAAAAGGCUAAGGCGAAGAAAAUUAGCCUUAAAACACAGAGAAAAAGCGAGUGUUUUGAGGGUUUUUCUUGAGAUACAACGUCUAAGAUGGCCAGUAGUGAAGAAACAAACCACGUAUAUCCUACAGCUCCGCUUGAAGAAGAAAAACUCGUAAGACACAUGAGUUACGAGGCACUGUUACGUCUUUCACAGCUUCUUCGGCCUCAUCAUGAGUUAGGGAAUAACUACACGGCUCUGGCUGGGCAACUUGGCUUUACCUUUGAAGAAAUAACUGAUCUAAGAGAGGAGAGAGAUCCAGUUCACGUCAUGUUGAAUAAACCUGAAUUGCGUGAUCUGACCAUAUCCAGGUUAAAGUCUUGUCUCAUGGCAAUAGAUCGACUUGAUGCUUUACAGGAGUUGGAAACCUUUGAAGAAAAGACUCUGUACCCAUCUGAAUAUAGACAGAGGCAAGCUGAGAGACAUGGGAGAAACAAUGACCAACAAUUCACAGUCCUUUCAAAUGAUGAAAAGUACGACGCUUUCAUUUGCUACGCACGUCAAGACAUUGGGUUUGCAAAGGAAAUCUUAAAAAGGUUGGAAUCAGAACCUUACCAUUUGAAAUUAUGCAUUGACUACAGAGACAUUCUUCCUGGGGGAGGAAACUUGAGCACAGUUGCACACAUCAUUGAGGAAAGAUGUCAGAAGAUUGUGGUGAUAUUGUCAGAAUUUUUCAAUAAUGACGAAAGUGCUGACUUCCAGGCAAAGAUAGCUUUGAGCUUGUCCCCAGGUUGUAAAAAUAAGCGUCUUAUUCCAAUCAAGUAUGAACAGUGCAAGAUUCCAACCAUUUACAGAUUUAUCACCCACUUAGAUUACACCAAUGAAAACGCUAGAGAAUAUCUGUGGCCCAAUUUAGCAAGGGCUUUAGGCUACGCUCCUAGGUAGUUAUCUUUAAAUUAAUAGUUUUUAUAGGAUUUGGACAGUGCUCACUGAUUUGAAAAUAUAGUGAUUUUGUUUUAGGCUGUACAUAUACUCUUUAAAAGUUGCCUGCUAGUUUUUUUUGUUUUCUUUUUUUUUUUUGUAUAAAUUUGUGCCAUUGCAUUAUUAUUGGUAUCCUUUAUAAUCAUUUUGCUCAGCUAUAUAGAUAGUUAAUUUGCCAAGUAGAACAAUAUGCGAUAUUCUUACUUACAUUGGCAAAGCAUUUCUCUAAACAAACCAAGUUUGUCAUUGAAUCAAAGUUCUUGAAAUAACCUCUGGACUGAUCCAAAUCAGGGCGUGGACUGAUCUAAAUCAGACCGCUUGUUAUUCUCUUAAUAUUAAGAUUAUUUGUAUGAGUUUGAAUCCAUAUUCAUGUGUCUUUUGAUCAUGCACAGCCAGUAAUACCACUUUCUAAAAGUGUAUAUUUUUGCUCUUCUAGUUACAGUCAAAACGGCUUGAUCUUACCCCCCCCCCCCAGUUCCAUUAUUGGUUUCAUUAUUUGAAUAUUGAAAUUUAUUAUUCGUUCUGAGAAUACAAAGAUGCAGGAUUUAGAAAUAAUAACCAAUUCGAAACUCAACAUAACACCAUAAUCCAAUCAGAAUUGAGUUUUGAAAGGGUUAUUAUUUUGAAUCGCAAGUCUCCGUAUUCUCAGAAAGAAAAAUUAAAAAUUUGAAUAAUGACACCAUUAAUGAUAUCUAGGAGGGUAAGCUUGAGCCGUUUUGACUGUAAGAAAGAUUACAGCAUUAGUUUGUUGCUUCUUUUUUAGUGGGCCAGAAUUGAUUCAAAUACUUUUUAUGAUGAAAUCUGUGUGGCCGGCCCUCAUGUAAAGAAAAUUCAUACCAAUAUCAUUCUGAAAGACAAAUAUAUUUCACAUAAAUUAAGUAGAUAUAUAUUAUAAAAUAGACAGAAAUAGUACUAAUAAAAUUAGUAAAUAUAA